AUGGACGAAAUACCACAUAACAAUCUUUUGCUGGUCAUGCCUGCAAUCGGUCUUGUUUUAUUCCUUGGCGCACUCGAUCAGACAAUUGUAGCCACCGCUCUUCCUACCAUAGCCCAAGACCUACACGCCACUCCAUCAGAAUAUCAAUGGGUCGGAACUGCAUAUACGUUAUCCAUGACUCUCAUGGCUCCGAUGAACGGGCGUGUUUCCGAUAUAAUCGGUAGAAAGUUCAUGUUGUAUGGCGCUAUCAUCGAUUUUACGCUGUUCUCUGCGUUGUGUGGUGCUGCUAAGAACAUGACAUGGUUGAUCGUGGCGAGAGCGUUUCAAGGAAUGGGAGGAGGAUGUAUCGUCGGAUUGACUUCUAUCGUCACUUCUGAUAUCAUACCACUGCAUCAACGAGGAACUUAUCAGGGGUAUUUAGGAGGAGCAUGGGGUGUUGCUUCCGUCCUUGGUCCAAUAUUGGGUGGUGUCUUAACGCAGAAGGCUUCAUGGUAUGUCUUCCAUUACAUUUAUAUCAAUCUACCAACGUGUGCCAUCGCCUUUGCUCUCCUGGUGGUCACACUCAAGCUCAAUCCCGUGCGCCGUCUCACACCCACACAGUUCCUCAAUACCUUUGACUUCUUUGGUCUUGGGUUGGUAAUGGCAGGAGCGGCACUUCUAAUCGUUGGAUUCUCUACCGCUGCCGAUGAUGGUUUCAAGCAUCCCAAGGCCUACGCGGUGAUAAUCGUAGGAGGAAUUCUGUUCUUAAGUGUUAUCCCAAAUUCACUUUUGACCAAGAGAAAUGCAAUAAUCCCUGCGAGAAUGUUCAAAAAUAGGACCACACUUUUCUUCUUGAUCGGAUCGACCUUACAUUCCACAGCGUUCUUACCUGCCAACUACCUCAUUCCACAAUUACUACAAGGUGUUAGAGGAUUAGACGCCAUACAAAGUGGAGUACAAUUACUUCCAUUUGCUGUGUUAGUUGCUGUCAACACUAUCAUCGCCGGCCAAAUCAACUCUCGACUUCGGAUUAUCCGUCCCGUCGCAUGGGUAGGACUCGGUAUGGCCUCACUAGCUUUUGGUCUUCUGUACAAAUACCUAUCAUAUCCAAUCGAUUUCUCCACACAAGAAGGACUAUUCGCUCUGGCGGGUACCGGAAUCGGACUAUCUCUGCAGGUACCGAUGUUGGUUUUACAAGCGGCUAUGCCAUUGAAAGAGAUGGCUGCUACUACUGCGGCGUGGACAUUGACCAGGAGUUUAGGUGGGAGUGUGGGUCUGGCAAUAUUCACCGCUAUACUCAAUACAGGUCUCAGAAGUCGAUUCGAGACUAUUCCGGGAUACGGAACCAUUUUUUCAGUUCCUCAGAGUUCAUCAGGCUAUAGGGCUUUACACGAUUUACCAGAAGGUGAAGUUAGAGAUAGAGUGUUGAUCGCUUUUGCGGAUUCUUUGAAAUUAUGUUGGGCUUUAAAUUGUGCUUUCUUUGGAGCUGCGUUGUUGGUAUGUUACUUCUGA